CCUGCUCAGUCCCAGGCAGGUCUCCUCACGCACCCGGUUCUUCCCAUUGGAGUCGGGAUUCACUAGCCGUCCUAACCGGACAUCUGCUGUUCCAGUGCGCUGUUCCCAGCGCAUCGCCCCAGAGGCAGACGCAUCUCAGCUCCGGGUGAGCAACCCCUGGGCAGUGUCGCUGUGUGGCUGUUCCCAGCCGCCCCACCCCAGAGGCGGCUGCAUCUCAGCUCGGGGUUUGUACCAGCCGGAUGCCCCAGCCAUGGGCAGAGCCACAAUGCCACAGCAGGACGCUGGGGAAAGGGAGCUCCCGCCUCAGGGCCCCCCCUGGAGAGCAGGGGGUCCUGCCACGCUGAGGGUCCUGAUCCUCGCCCUGCUCUGGAGGGGGUCCCUGUCCCAGCUGCCUGGAUUUACCCUGACGGUGCCGCAGUCGGUGUCGGUGCAGGAGGGUCUCUGCGUUCUCGUUCCCUGCACCUUCACGUACCCAGCCUCCUUCGACACCGACAAUCCCUUGGCCCAGCUCUACGGACACUGGUACAAGGAGCCUGCUACUGGCCAGGAUCUUCCCGUGGCCAGCAGUAUCUCCAGCCUGAGGGUGUCGCAGGAGACCAAGGGCCGGUUCCGGCUGACAGAGGAUCCGGCGCACGGUGACUGCUCCCUGCAAAUCAGUGAUGCCCAACGGAUGGAUGCGGGGAGAUAUUCCUUUAGCUUUGAGAAAGGCGCGUUUGAACACACUUACCGCUCCAAUUCCGAUGGCUCUGACCCUCCGCUCACGAUCUCCGUGACAGGGCUGACGGAGGAGCCAGAGAUCCAGAUCUCGCCGGCGCGGGGGCUGCCAGGGACGCUGCUGGCCGGGCAGCCGGUGACUGUGACCUGCACGGCCCCUGGGCGCUGCUCCGGGCCCCCUUCCCGAGUCACCUGGAUGGGGCCGUUCAGCGACACAGCCCGGGACAUCUCAGUCCAGCUGGCGAACGGCACCUGGGCCCACAGUUCCGCGCUCAGCUUCACGCCUGGCCUGGGGGACCACGGCAAAGAGCUCGUCUGCAGUGUCACCUACAGGCCACCACGGGGACCUUCCACCCGCAGAACCGUCCGGCUCCACGUCGGCUACCCGCCCAGGCCCCCCAACAUCACCUGGACCCUGACCAGGAACGGACGCCCCGUGCCAGAUGCGUGGGGAGCUGAGGGCGAGGUCGUGUCUCUGGAGACCCAGGAGGGCGACUCCCUGAGUCUGAGCUGUGAGCCUGGGAGCAGAGCCGAGGGCACCCUGAUCUGGGCCAAGGGGAAGGAGUCCCUGAGCCCCGGCCAGGGAGGGGCCGGGUGCCUGGAGCUGCCGAAUCUCAGCAGAGGGGAUGCAGGGGAGUAUCGAUGCUGGGCCAAGAAUUCCUACAAGUCGGCCAGCCGGGCCCUGCGUGUGCACGUGCAGAAUCCCGGCACCCUGGUGGCCAACGGCUCACAGCUCACAGCCUGGGAGGGCGACUCCCUGCGGUUCCAGCUGCUCGUCAAGUACCUGCCCGGGCCCCCCAACAUCACUGGGACCCUGACCAGGAACGGACGCCCCGACCCGCCCGGGCCCCCCAACACCACUGGGAACCAGACCAGCAUCGGACACUCCAGUGAGAGGCUGCGCUGCGAGCCCCGGGAAUCAGCGAGCGCCUCCUAG